AUGCCAACCCUCUGGGAGGCGCCCCUUUUGGGUUUGGGGCGGCCACGGAGAGACGCGCCCAUGCAACUUACCGAUCUAGAGCCUAUUCCAGGCAAUGCAGUCUAUUAUCGCCGUCAGGCCACCAAAAAUUCAUUGGGGCAAUCUGCGCCAGUACACACCUCAAAUACAAAAGUCAGUCCGUACGUUUCAUCGCGGCUAGCUCGGUCUACAAAGCCGGUUCUCGACCCCAUGGAUCGGGAUUGGGAUAGAAACCGUCCUCUGCAAGGGCCUGGAGGCCGGCUCCCUAAGCAUCUCUACUAUCAUUCUGACCCCACAGACCAUCUUGCUCCUCGAAUUACCACUUCUCGAUUGGGCCGGUACCAGAAUUUGGACACACUUAAUAAGCUAUGGAACACAUUUCACGUUCCAGAAGGCGAGAGAAUCUAUGCAUAUCGCCAGAUACAGCGCAACAGGAUCCUUGCGCAAGCGUACUAUAAAAGACUCACGCUUCUUCUUAGCUAUCGCCAUCAGUAUGAUGAAGCGAUGCUCAAUCGGCGAGAGGUUCUACAGGAUUUGUCUCGCUUUUUGACGAAGAUGAAAGGAAGCAGGAUAGACUUAACGUAUUGCAUUACGCGCUUGAGGUACCUGACUUUCAAGAUUUCGUCCAUUCUAAACUUGGCCCGGGUGAUCUGCCGCAAACCGGUAUCGUACCCUGAUCUGACGCUGUCCGUUACCGAUUUAGCGAACUGGAAUCUUUACUUAAAGCAAGAGGCAUUCUACACUCGUAAUACGACUGCUAUAAUCUUCACUGUGCUGAAAUUUUUUGGCCAACGGACCUUCCAGGAGGUGCAGAAUAUUGUUAAUAAAUAUUUUGAUAGAUGCACAAGGGGAAGGAAUUACCUGGAGAAGUGCUCUGUACUGCAUGGCAAUAGAGAUCCUGACAUAAGUUAUUCCUGUGUCUCUAGGCGCUCACACUUGAAUAUCUCAUGCAUAGCUCCCGUCCAUGUAGAGCAGCAAGAGCAGACAGACCAGGAUUCGUCUGCCCGCAUUUCUGAGGAUGAUGUAAGCCUGUACUUGCUACUAGGGCUGGAUGCUGAGGCAAUUUUCGACGGGGACAACCUGGCAGUGAAGUGGAACGAGUUUCUCUCGAAGCGUAAUGGAGCAUACUAUUGGGAAGACGAUCCACUGGAGAUGCAGCGGUUUGGGAAGUUCGAUUGGGUACCCCUACUAAAGCCACAAAAUAUUAGGGACAUGGUCGUUCUAGAGCCGAUGAUUCAGGAGGACGUGACCAAGAUGCUGAAGCUUUUAAAGGAGAACUCGGAAGUGCCUGUCACCAUACCCCUCAGAAAUGACGUUUCCCCGUUCGAAACGUACUUCCUGAGACCUUGUGGCAAAAAGCGCGUUCUUGCUAAGAAGAGUAGAGUAGAUAAGAAGGUCUGCGAAAGACUUGCGCAGCCGAAGCACCCGGUAAAGAAGCGCUCUGUGUCGAAGAGCACCGCAUCCAGUAAGGUAGAGAGAAGAAAAAAGCCGCAGGUAGUGACCCAAAACCGACCAGCUUCUCGUGCAGCAGGGGCCAGAACCCAAAAGAUCAUUAAGCCACCUCCACCGAGCACAAUGACAGAUACGAGCCAGAAUCUAUCUGAAGAUGUGUCUAAAAAGUCUCUUGCAGUUCUACCGGCAAUUAACGCCCCAACAGAGGCCCUGCAGGUUAACCUUGCAGGACCCACUGUCCAGCCACGCAGCCCUCUCCAGGAGCGCACCAAGCCAGAUGCUCCCAGCAUGCUUCAGAUUAUUGAAACGCUUAUGAGUGUCUUGCCCCGAUUGGAGUCGCCACGGAAUCCCCAGUUAUAUGACCGGUUUAUUUAUUUACAAAAGCUAAGUAGUACCAGCGACAGAAUGAAGAUCAGCAACUCUAGAAUAAAGCCUCUCGAUAUAAAGGGAUGCCAUCCCAAUAAUUCCUUCGAUGGCCUGCUCAGCUCGAGACCUCCACUUUCUGGCCGGCACGUAAAGUCAUGCAGCACCAUUCCCACCCUCUCGCAGCUCAAUGUUACCAUGAUCAAAACACCUAAGGUAGGCUAUGCUCUGCCAGCAGACCUGGAAUCCCCAAUUUCGUCUGGAUACCCGGUAUGCGCAGAUAGGCUUUGGACUAAGUUGACUGAAGUUGCUCAGCAGCUUAUGGGAACAGAUGGUAAUAGCCGUCUGUCGGAGCAAUUCAACACAGUGGGCUCAAAAAAUGGGUCCAGCAGAUCAAUACUGAUGGAGAGCGUUAUUGAUCUGCCUACCUCUUGCUGCUCUCCCGGGCGUAAUUCCGACGCUCCGAAAAUUGUUAACAUUGAUAUGACCCUAGGCACAGCCGAAGGCCCUGUAAUAUCAGCGCCGCCUUUGGAAGUAUCACGGACAGAGAGCCCUGAUUUUGGUGCUUAUAACAACUAUAGUGCCAUAUCCAUGACUGACCGCUCACCAGCGGCUGAUGCCAACUGCGAUGGUCCUGGUGCCGACCUCAAUAGCAACAUGGUUGCCAGCUUACCAAAUGAAGCCUCCACAUUGUCCCCGCCUCGUGAUGAGUACAUAGCAUCCGCAGCUCCUUGCUUAACCCCUGUUGUAGAUCUGUCUAUACCAAGCACACCUACGCAGGAGGUCAUGGUUGCGCCUGUAACACCCAGCUCGCAAUUAUCUGACUCACCAUUGUUAGAUAAUCCGCUGCCUCACUGUUUAACAGCAAGGGAGGUCGAGGCUUCAAGUCAGAUUUUUAUGACUGCAACGAGUGAGUCUACUCUCUGCGGAGGAGAUGAUGAGACUCCACUUCUCACUCACCCAGUGCAUCUUUCACAGUUGGAUGCAACAAUCCCGACUAGCGUGGACGAGCCCCAGCCCACGCCACUCGAGCUGUAUGGUGUUCCGGUGAUGAACUUCAACAAGAUUGUGUACAGACUAAACGAGACUGCUGUUCGUAAGCAGCCAACCCUCAUACAGUAUCGAGAGAAAUUUCGGUUUCUUCAUACUGAAGAUCGUAGCUCACCAGACUAUGACUUUGUCGGUGGAGAGUUCGUCCCAGUUUCCAGGAAGCUCGAUGGCGACACAAGCGAGAAUGGGGAUCUACUAGAAUACAAAGAGCAUUACUUUGACAAGCCGUUUCUUUUCAAAAAGUUCCGCAAAUUAGAGAAGAAGCGGUGCCUCCUGCAGCAGGGUAAAGAUGCAAAAUUGCACACUAGACCUCCGAAGCCCAAGAAAAUGCAACCAAUCAAAGUUAAGCCACGAAUUCCUAGUGCACCAACGAAGAAGAAUCUAUCUGGCAUUCCCUCAGCCUUUGCUGCCGUCACUAAUAGGCGUCAAAGUGAACUGGCACCCACCGAGGAAUCGGCUAUCUUCAGUACUAUACUUCAGACAAUGGCUCUGCGCCAAGCUGAGGCGCCCCCAGAACACUCUGAGUCCGGAAAUGCUGCCCAGACGGGUGACGAGCUACUCACCAAAACUUCAAUCAUCCAAAGACCAGAUUUGCUGCUAGAAUUGAGCGCUAGUGUUGUGAGUUCAUCGUUCAGGCAUUUAACAGAGGUGAGCGCCCUCAGCACACCAUUCACUAACGCCUCGACGGAAAUCCUUGCCCAAGAGCUUCGAAAUCGCAGCCGACUCAUGUACGAGCAAACCGCAAAUCCCCAUAAGCAGGAGACUAGCCAAUUGGACACCGAAUUGGACACCGCCAAGCUAGAUGCGCUAACGGACAGAUUUAUCGGAAACUCCCUCAAAAGUUCCGCUCUACUGCUGUCUGCAAGCUCGAACUCCUCAGAAGCCAUGUCCCAGUCACAAGGUAUGUCUGCAAGACCUACACAAGAAAGUAACAGUUUAAUGAGUACCGCAAUCUUUCAGCCGGCUGCCAAGUAA